UGCUGCCACCAGCUCAUGUCUCAGUGUGAAACUGGGCACCCAGCUCAGAGGCGUGAUUCCUCUCUAGCCGAUUUCCACAUUUGGAACAAGAAUGAGAAAGGAAACAGAAUCCAUACUUUCCCGAAACGUGCUUCAGGUAAAAUAAUACCUCAAGCUGAACAGAAGGAACAAGCUUCUCCGGGGCCCCCUGCCCUGCCUGAAACCCCCACCAACGCCUUGAGCCUUGGUAAGGGAACACGUCCCAGCAACAGCAGUUCACUUGGCUUGAAACUGAAGCCUGACCACACAAGCAGUGACACAAAGUCCACAGGACGUGAAUCCCAAAGCUACGGCCCAGGGACCCACAGCAGCAAAGCAGGCUGUUACCAGCAGGAUCCCCGCAGGAGCUGCCGCAGCUCGAGGAGGCUGCAUGAAGAGGAAGGAGCUGGUGCCAGGCAGCUGAGGGGGGACCGGAGCCUGCCCCUGCCUCUGACACACGAGAGUAACUGAAACCACACUUUGACGUCACAGCACCUGCCUCCAGACCCGGCGAGCUCGGAUUCAGAUUCUCAGAAAGGCUGAAUGCUCACACUGCCGCCAACACGGAGUAUAAGGCAGGGUAAAAACUGUCAAUGAAACGAACAUCCAAACUCACCACCCAAAAGCAAUAAAUGAUUGACCAUUAUGGCUUUGACGUAGGAGUCUCAGAAAUAAGAGAGUACGCACAAUCAUGUAAAGGCAAUUUUGUCUCUGACGAUACCCCCUGAUUUCACCAAGAGAGGUUCACUGAAAUCUGGGGCAGGAAGGGACCACAGGUUCAGGUUAACGCGCGCGGGCUCCGAGGAAGGGACGCGUACACAGCAGCAAUGCAUUAGCAGAAGGUACGUUCGUUUGUCCGUGCCUUUGGGCCCCUUCUUGUAAGGUGAUAAACACUCACAGAAAGAAAGUCCAUGAGGAAAUUGUGCAUUUAAUACACACUGUAAAGCAGAGCUCAAGUCAUGUACUAAAUGUUUAACAACACUAACAUACACAACUUACCUAUUUCAUUUUUUUUUAAACAAACAUAUAAACCUCUCUCUCUCCAAACCUUAGAUCUCUCUCAGAAUAUACUAUUUGGGGGGUUGGAACUAGAUGAUCUUUAAGGUCCCUUCCAGCCCAAACCAUUCUAUGAUUCUAUGAUUUUCCCAGAUUCACAGAAAAGAUAUUGGCUUUUCCAUUGCCAUACAUUUCCACUAAUUUUGUGCUUGAUUUCAAAGCCUCCCAGUAAAUGUAUGGGAAAAACAGGACGGGAGGGGGACAGGUCAUGAAAAAAAGGGAAAGAGAGAAAAAAGCCAUACAGCAAAGAUUCAUCACUUAUCCCAGGAAUCCAUCUCUCAGCCUUUGAGCACGCCCUGAGCAACCCCGGUGUAACCCCGUGCGCUCCAGCUCAGAACACUCCCAUUAGCAAAGGAGAAGCUAUCAGAGCAGCAAGCUUCAGAGAAAAGGUCGCAGCUAGGCCUGGGAACAGUUUAAGAAAACACCAGCCCGUAAGAUCGCUUACUGCUUUGCCAACCGCACAAACGCGUCUUUCUUGAAACCAGUUCAACGCUGAUCUUCACAGAAGUACGUGUAAGUACACGAAAAUAGCACUGGCCAUCUGCAGGGCUAGACAUCUCGACCACAUUUGGCCAAGCAGCAAGGGACGACUCACCAGCUCUUCAGCCGUCAGCCUGCAGAGAUACAGCACGCUCUGCACCGCCGUCCCCACCGAAGCAGUCAGCGAAGAUAACGCUGCAAAGCGCUCCCUUGAAGAACUGAAGCCCGUCCAGCUGCGACGGCGCCAGCGGGUAAAGCAGAGCAGAGGGCAGGCUGCGCUCCAGCCCGCGAGCGAGGGAUCUGCUGCUGCGGCUCACGCAGCCUUUACGGGGUUUAUACUGAACGGCGGUUGUAAAGGGCUUACUCUGCAAGUCUCUUUCAGAGCUGACGAGGGACCACACAUGCGAUCUUCUACUUCUUUCCAGGUGAAAGGCUCUGCAUUUCAUUACGUGGUUCUGUACGUUACCAACGCUCUCAAACAGUCGCUUUUCAUUUUUAAGAAACUGCCACUAUACUUUGGGAGGGGUUCACCGACAAAUAAAGCGAACAGGAAAUCAUCCACGCGUUAUUCUAGCCGCAAAUAAAUGACUUGGAACACAAGCGAGCAGCCCUAACUGUAAACAAACAGCGAACCCCACGGCAGACAAACUCCCACACCUCUUCGCCUGGGACGGGAACAGCCUCGAGCUACGCCGCCAAGGACUGCGGACCUACAGUCUGUCCUUCCGAACACCGGAAAUUCAUCAUACACGCUAAGGAGCCACCACGUACGAUCUCACUGCCUGUAGGAACUUCGGUCGGGAAAACCUGUUAGGGAAUGCCGUCGGUGCGGAACGCGCUCUGCGGCGACCGGUGCCACCUGCGCGGCACGCUUUCCCCUGCCGUGCCAACAGCGGUCUCCCGGCAAGAGAAGAGGCCCUGUGCCUGAGAAUGGAAGGCGCUCUAGACCCUUAACAGAAAGCACCAAGCAGUCAAGAAAGGAAUAAAGAUAUUGUAAGAUGUUCAACUCCAGCACAAACUCCUCGGGAAACAACUGCAGUCACAGCACAGUAAUAACCAAGACAGUCAUUCCCGUGGUCUACUGUUUCAUUUUCAUAGUAGGACUCUCGCUGAACGGCAUGGCAGCAUGGGUCUUUCUGUACGUUUCCAGCACAAAGAGUUUUAUUGUCUAUCUCAAAAACAUCGUCGCUGCCGACCUCCUAAUGAGCUUAACGUUUCCUUUCAAAAUUCUGGCCGAUUCAGAAAUUGCACCUCCACAGCUCAACAUGUUUGUGUGCAGAUACUCUGCUGUUGUUUUUUAUACAAACAUGUAUAUCGGGAUAACAUUUUUUGGCCUCAUAGGUUUUGACAGAUACUACAAAAUUGUAAAGCCUUUAUUCACCUCCUUUGUUCACACGGUUAACUACAGUAAGGUGGUCUCUAUAAUCAUAUGGUUAUUGUUAAUGCUUAUAUCAUUUCCAAAUAUGAUCUUAACUAAUGAAAUCACUAAAGAAAAUUAUUCCAGAAAGUGUAUAGGUCUUAAAAGCGAGCUUGGCAAACAGUGGCAUAAGGCGUCAAGUUAUAUCUGCACAGGGAUAUUCUGGGUUGUUUUUCUUCUGCUAAUCAUUUUUUACACUUCUAUAUCAAAAAAAAUAUAUAGCUCUUACAAAAAAUUCAGAAGGAACUCAGAUGCGACCAAGAGAAAAACCAGCCGUAAUAUAUUCAGUAUCAUGUUUGUAUUUGUCAUUUGCUUUGUGCCCUAUCACAUCUGCAGGAUACCAUACACUCUAAGUCAAACUAGCUCACAAUUCGACUGCCAGUCAAAAAAAACUCUCUUCUAUGCAAAGGAGUUUACUCUUGUACUGUCUGCUGCAAAUGUGUGCCUCGAUCCCAUUAUUUAUUUUUUCCUCUGCCUCCCCUUUAAAGAAAAGCUGUAUGAAAAACUGCAUCUCAAGCUGAAAACUUCAAGUGAGGUUGAAAUUUCUAAAUCCAGAAGAUCAAAUACACUUCGGGAAAGUAUAAACAUACUGUAGGCUCGGGUCUGUACAAUAAUGCACAUUUCAGAAAGUCGAUCGAGAACUCAAGCCCCAAACUGAACAGACAAGAACCAGCAAUGAAACAGAAACAAGGUUUCAGCAUAAAAUACCGAGGGGCGUUUCUCUGCAUAAAGACGUUCUUGCAUGUUGCCAAGACAUUUACUCCGUGCUAUUUCAGCUGAUGCUAUGAUUGCACCGUGGUGUGAUACGACCUAUCUCAAAAAGAGCGCGAGCAAUGACUGGAACAGCACGUUCUGGAGCUGCAGGCCAGGGCUCUCCCGAAGCAUUAUCCAGCAGACCCAAAACCCAAACUGAACUGCCGUGUUUCUCGGGAAGCCGGGCACGGCACCCGCGACGGUCAGCACACCAGCGCGAAGGGCCGGGGAUCGACUGAUCUGCCUCGGCGGGAGCUGACCCCGCAGAAGCGGAACGAUCAAGUUCAGCACAAGUCUCUGACUCCGCCAGCCCCAAAGAGGACGGAGAUCCUGAGGGGAAGUGCACUCACGUAUCUACCAGCUCAGAGAGCAAAGCAUUGAAGGCAAUAUGCAGCUUAAGGAAGGACUCUAUUCCAACAACUAGGGGAAAAAAAAAAAAAAGAUUAAAAAAAGAAAAGAAAAUACAAAUCAAAUCCUCAAAGAUCAGCAGGGAGCCUGAAAAACUCUUGGUAAAAUUUAUAUAUAUUUCUUAAUAUAUGUAUAUGAUUUAAGGGAAAUAUUCUAUAAAAUUAAGAAUUAAACAUGAUUAUUUGUCACCCUUAGACAUGAGUCAGAGUACUUCUAUAAAAUGUGAUGCUCAAUUUAAGCAAGUGUUUAAAGGGGAUCCUUCUAUAAACUAAAUAGCACAGUUACACUGCACCGCAUUCCUCGGGACUUUUCUGAAAUAACAUGGUGUCUGCCAAAAAUGCUCAACCCAACCUGACUGAGAUUUUAGCAACUCCCUGUCUGCAGCUGCAGGAGGAGGUAAGAACACUCAAGGAGCUGUCUGAAAGCACACAGGUACAGCUGCCUGGAAA